AUGGCCUUUGAAAAUCUACAGAAAGUGCUCAUCAGUGACAGCUUGGACCCUUACUGCCAAAAGAUCCUGCAAGAUGGAGGGCUGCAGGUGGUGGAGAAGCAGAACAUGAGCAAAGACAAGCUGAUAGCCAAGCUGCAGGACUGCAAAGGCCUUAUCCUCCGCUUGGCCACCAAAGUGACCGCAGAUGUCAUCAACACAGCAGAGAAGGUCCAGGUGGUGGGCAGGGCCAGCACCAGUGUGGACAAUGUGGAUCUGGAGGCCACCACGAGAAAAGGCAUCCUGGUCAUGAACAUCUCCAAUGGGAAGAGUCUUAGUGCUGCAGAGCUCACCUGUGGGAUGAUCAUCUGUCUGGCAAGGCAGAUUCCUCAGGUGACAGCUUUGAUGAAGGAUGGCAAAUGGGACUGA